AUGAGCUCAACGAGCGGCAACUACGGUUCCGUCACCAACUCGGCUCCGGUCGUGAACGGCGACUCGCACGCCCACGCCGAUGAAGAGCAGCCCCUUCUUGGCGGCGGAGGCGGCGCCCGGAAACCAGCUUCCAAGUCUCUGCGAAAGAAGCUCACUACAGACGUGCAGCGCGACUGGGCCGACCUGGUUCUCUUGGCAUGCUACAUCAUCACCGGCCUGCUCGACAGCUCUUCCAUCUCCAUCUGGGGCUCUUUUGUGUCUAUGCAAACAGGAAACACAGUCUACAUCGGCCUCGGCCUCGCCGCGCCCACCGAAUCCACCCGCUGGAUCAAAUCCGCCACCUCGCUCAUCUCAUUCUGUCUAGGCUCGUUCUUCUUCAGCCGAUUCCACCGCUUCUUCUCCCCCAAGAAGCGCUGGGUCCUCUGCGCUUCCUUCAUCGCCCAGACCCUCCUCUGCGUCGCCGCCGCCGUCAUCCUGACCGUUGGUCCUGCGGCCGGCAAGGACGAGAUCGCCUGGAACGUCCUGGUGCCUAUCGCCCUCAUCGCCUUCCAGAGCUGCGGUCAGGCUGUCACCAGCCGCGCGCUGAAGUAUAACGCGCUCACCAGCGUUGUAUUGACAAGUAUCUACUGCGACCUCUUCUCUGACGCUGAGCUUUUUAGCGUUCACAAUGCUGAGCGAAACCGAAGAGUUGGCGCGCCUGUAUUGCUUCUUGUUGGUGCCAUUUGCGGCGGCUUGUUUGCGCACAGUUCCCUGGGAAUUGCUGGCGCUCUGUGGACGGCCGCUUUCUUGAAGUUCCUCAUCGUCUUGUCGUGGUUCUUCUGGCCGGGUGAACCGACUUCGGACGAAGAGUAG